GUGUGCCCCGGGAGAGAAGCUGAAUGCUGAGGCCCAAGGAAGGGGCAUAAAAAUGAAGGUUGACGUUGUGGAUCCACCAGGAAAGGUGGUGAAGCUGGGAAACGUCUGCAUUGGACAGACGGUGAAGAAGAUGGUCACCGUAGCCAACAAGAGUGCAGCCCCUCUCACCUUUAAGCUGAGGGUCACGUCCACCGUGCCAGAGUUGCAGGAAGCUGGGGUUCUGUGCUUGAAGCCCAGCAAGGAUCUAAAGCUGAAGGGCAGAGGAGACACCUGCAAAGUGGAGGUGACCUUCUCCCCGAAGCGCCGCAUGCAGCCGUUCAGCGGGGAAGUGCUGCUGGAGUGCCGCGGGCUGGUGCGCUCCCUCUGUGUGGUGCGGGGCUCCUGCCAGGGCAGCCUCGUGAGCCUGGACCAGGACCAGCUCAGCUUUGGAGCCGUGGUGCAGCAGAGCUCCACGUGCCGGCGCGUCGUCAUGCGGAACGCGGGCGACACGAGAGUCAGGUUUAUGUGGGACGUGGAGAGCUUCAAGCCAGACUUUUCCAUCAGCCCCACAAAGGGUUACAUCAGCCCAGGGAUGGAUGUCCCCUUGGCUGUGACCUUCCGCCCCUCGAAGCUGAGCCAGGCUGUCCAGUACAAGGGGCUGCGGUGCUUCAUCCAGGGCAGUGAGGCGCUGCGGCUUACGCUGGCAGGAUCCUGCGUGGAGGCCCCUGGCCCCAAAGAGGGCAGGAACUGA